UCUGGCUGGAGGCAGGAGAGCAGCUCCGACUCUGUAACCUCUGGACUUUGUUGGAUAAAGUCCACUCCAGCUGCCGAGCUCUCCAUCUCUCCGAAUGUGAGUGUGUAUUCAUGUGUGUUCAUGUGCGACUGGAAUAAGUGUGUUUUGGGGUGAUGUACUGUGCGUACCAGGAACGGGAGGAGUUGGAGGAUGAUCUCUAUCAAGAGGAUGAAGAGGACUCUGAGGGGUCAGAGGUCAACAGCGAGUUGGAGUUCCGCCUCUACAGCCAGCUCCACUACUCCUCUAAUGCCGAGGCCAUAGAGGAGCAGGAAGAAAGAGGAGAGAAGGCCGAGGGCCCGGACAGCCGGCAGCAGGAGGUGCCUGAGAACACUGCAGAUGUUAACGAAGAACAGGAACAAACUGGAGAAAGUAGACCUCCGUCACCUGAUUUGAGCAAGGUACUGCAGCAGCCAAAGAAGAAGAAGAAGAAGGAGGAGGAGAAACUUGCUAAACAGAAGAAGGUUAAAAAAAAUCCCAAAGCUCAGAGGUCGUCCGCAUCAGUUUUUGAGGAGGUCAUUGUGAUUGACUCCAGCCCGGAUGUCAUCUCCAUCUCUGAGGAUGACUCUCCCGAUGAUGAAGAAGGGGUCUGUGCCUUAAAGGCUGGAGGCUUACAGCGACUGCAGACUUCCACCCCGGCCCAACAGGGAACCAAGAAAAAGAGUCUCAGCGAGCCAGUGACUGUGGACUCCAGCAGCUCAGAGUCUGACUCAGAAGAAUCAAAGUCAGAGUCUGACUCGUCUGAUUCUUCUGACUCGGAUGGUCUAGAGAACUGGAUGAUCCUGGGUCGAGAGAAGCAGGACGGAGACCAGAGCAUCUCGCUCAACCUGGAGGGAGGGUCUGACAGCAACACAGAUGAAGAAGAAGAAGAGAGCAGCUGGUUGGUUUCAUCCAAGGACAAGGAGGCUCGGAUCUAUAACAAAGACAAGGGUGCCAGGCUAACGGUGCAGCGGUUGUCAAACAGAUACUACACUAACAAGAACGUGGAGUGUAGAAACUGCAACAAGACCGGACAUCUCUCCAAGAACUGCCCUGAGCCCAAAAAGUGUUCGCCCUGCUUCCUUUGUGGCAACCCAGGCCACCUGUCCAGUGAAUGUCCCAACAGGCAUUGCAACAACUGUGGCCUGCCCGGGCACCUCUAUGAUUCCUGCAGCGAGAGAGCGUACUGGCACAAACAAUGCCAUCGUUGCGGCAUGACGGGGCACUUUUUUGAUGCUUGUCCAGAGAUCUGGAGACAGUAUCACAUCACGGCUAAGACGGGUCCACCUGUGAAGCAGCGGGGAGAAGACCGAGGUCGGAGCCCUGCCUACUGCUACAACUGUGCUAGGAGAGAACACUUUGGCCACGCAUGUAAAUGGAAGAGGAUGUUUAACGGGACGUAUCCCAGCACCCCGUUCAUCAACCACUAUGACACCACCGAUGACAUCAAACGCAGAGAAUACAGGACACGGCUGAAGGUUGAAGAACUUAGGAGAAAAGGCCUUUUUACUACCAGCCCUCAGACCCCUCUGACUCCAGGACCUCCAAGGAAGAAACAGAAAAUCAGCCAUCACAAAAAGAACCACCAGACCAACCAUACAUCUUACCAAAGUCCUAACGACCACAAACCCAAAUCCAGCCACAUAUUUUUUAAUGACAGCCAUGGCUUUGUAGCACCCAAAAUUGAUAAACACAAUACGCACAAACAAGAAGGCACUGGCAAUGUGAAACUAUGGAAACCCAAAAGGCCAGUGCCCACCUCGAAAGACCCUCUCCCAAAAACUAAACUAAUUAUCGAUGAAGAUGGUGACUUUCCUAGAGGUGGAGGCAAAGGAGGGAACAUGGAGAAGAAGAAGAAGAAGAAGAAGAGCAUAAGGAAGAAAAAGAAUAAAAUUCAAUUAGGGCAACCAGACGGAUCCAAGGAAAUCAGACCGGACCAUCUCCAAUGGACUGCAACUGGAGUGAUGCAGGCGUCAACGACAAAGACAGAGAAAGGAAAGAGGAACUGGAGAAGUCGAGCCCAGAGGAACGCUGACAAAAAGCUUCCGGCACAGAUGUACGCAACAGAUGAGAACCUGUUUAUCAUCAAACAGAGGAAACGCAAAAGAUAGCAUCAGUUUGUAUCAGAUGUGGGUGGCAGGGUCCGCCACGGCUGCGAUCUUCAUGACCAGUACAUGCUGUAGUACAUUUUCAUGACUUUUAGGGAUGAAUCAGACAUUUUGUUGACUCUGUGUAAGUUGCCAGUGCUGCUUUAUGGGGAUCAUAGGCCUUUUAUACGGAAGACAUUUUGACGUGUCACAGCAGGAGAAGCACAGGUGUAAAGAAUAUAAAUGAUGGAUUAAUUUAUCUGCUUUAGUUUCAGGGUCCUGGUAAUGUGCAUGCUGACCCACUGUCACACUGCCAGGCCUUACUGGGACACUUAAGCUGCUGUUAAAGGAUUCACAUUUUUUAUGCCACUACACCUGCUGCAGGCUGAGGCAAUGAGGCUAGAGGCAUUAUGUUUUUAGGCUGUUCAUCCAUCCCAUUCUUGUUAAUGCAGUACCUCUAAAAAUCCCUUGAGGGAAUUUCCUCAAAUUUGGCACAAACAUCCACUUUAAUUGGACUCAGCGAUAAACUGAUUAGUAUUUGGUGGUCAAAGGUCAAGGUCACUGUGACAUUGUUCAUCCCAAUGUAAUGAAUGCGAUACUCAAGAACAUAAUUAGAAAAUUUCUUCAAAUUUGGCACUAAUGUCUCCGAGACUCAGGUAUAAACUGAGAAGAAUUUUGUGGUCACAGUUAAGAUCACUGUGACCUUGUGUGUCUUAUUCUGAUGAAAACAGCAUUUGAAGAAGGCUUUAGUUGAAUUUCCUCAAGUUUGGCACAAACGUCCACUUGGACUCAGGAAUGAACUGUUUUGGACUUGCUGGUCAAAGGUCACCAUGGGAGUACCGAGGCAGUGUCCAUGUAAACAUUUGAACAGGUUUUUCUAUGUAAUAAAUCCUCCUGUUCAUACAUUAAUUUUUUCAUCUGAAACUACGGUUGAGCUUCAGCUGUCUGAGUUAGACAAAUCAACUGGAUAUCUUUGAAAGAUACUCUGAAUUUAGUACAUACUUUUUCUCAUAAUUUCCAUACUGUAGCUAAAUAGGAAAACACCAGCCAGGGAAACAAAAGGAGGGAAUUUUGUGCUAAUAAAACAGUAGCUUUGAAUUCUAUCCACUUAAUUUUGGAUAAAGUUCUGGAUACAUUUUUAUUUUAGUUUAGUUUAUUUUUAUUUUUAUUAUUAUUAUUACUUUUUUUUUUUUUAAGAAAAUUAAGGAUUAUGUCCCCCAUCACCUGCAUUGGAAUGCAUACGGAAAUAAUCUUUUAAUUUCCAGUAUGAACAGGAUGGAUGAUUAUAACCAGUAGAACCUACUUGAAUGUUUAUAUCGGCACCUGAUUAUUGUUUCAAGACAAACAUGAAUGCUGCAAGGUUAUCCUCUAAUUAAUAUAGUUCCACCAACUGUGUUUUUCCUGUUAUGACAUGUAAAAAUGUCCGCUGUGAAAAUUAUACCCAUAUUCAAACAUCGGCAUAAUUUUCACAUCCGAGUCACUGCUAAUAUAUUUGGACAGUUAAGAACCCAGUUUAGGGUUCAUACAGUCAGUUCAGUAGUUAUUAAAGACAAAAAAGUAAAUACAUUUAAAUGAAAAAAAGACUUUCUUUGAAGUACACUAAGAUCAUUUCACAGUGCCUCUGAUCUGAACACACAGCCUUAAAGUCGCUGCAGGUUGCAGUUGGACCCAGAGGGAGAAUUUUUUAAAGAUAAUCUUGAAUAUAGUCGUUUUUCAUUUAGUACUGCAACAAACAUGCAUUUGUAAAUCAUCUAAAUAUAUGAGCAUACUGUGAAUACCUCAAUCAUGUCUGCAGAAAGUCGCCUCACCAUAUUUUUGGAUAAAAUACAUCACUGGCAUGCAGCCCUGACAGUAUUCAUUUUUAAUCAUCCACUAUUUCAAAUUCAGUGGUGCAUUUUUAAGGUUAUGACAUUGUGAAACCUUGGUAAAAUCACAUGAAGGAGUAUGAGACGGUUCCUUGAUGAUAUGAAUACUUUCUACCUGAAGUCACUUGGAUGAACACAACUUGAAUCUGCUUUGUCUGACUUAUUAAUUCUUAGUUUAAAGAAACCAGUUGCACCAGUUGUUUGCUUCUACUAAGAGCUGUUCACACUGGUUAAUUUACUCAGUAACUCAUCCAUAAUAACUCACAUUGCAUUUCUGUAACUCACAUUGCAUUUCUGUUGUCAUUUAUGUAGAAAAUACAUUAAAAUCUUUUGGUUUCUGUC